AUGGAGGACGGAGACAGGGGCACCGGUCGGUACCCACUGAGGAGGUGGUGGCAGCCCAACCGUCUCUUCGGUCCAGACUUCGGCCUGCCGCCCCUCCUGGAGGCGGGGGGGUGGUCGGACAUGGACCGGUCCCAGAGGGGUUUGGCCGCCUGGUUCUGGCCCGGUUUCGCUCCCGCCCCGAUGUUCGUGCCCCACAUCUCCGAGUCGCCGGCCCCCCCCAGCCAGAGGAUCAGCAGGUGGAGGGUCAGCAUGGACCUGGCCCACUUCUCCGCCUCCGAGAUUUCUCUCUGCAAAAAGGGGGAAAUGCUGAGCUAA